UUGUUCCACAGUUGGUCUGAAGCUGCCCCUUUAUAUCAGCUCAAGAUGUACAGCUUCAUGGGAGGGGGCCUUUUCUGCGCCAUCGUGGGCAACAUCCUGCUGGUGGUGUCCACCGCCACCGAUUACUGGAUGCAGUACCGCCUGUCGGGGAACUACGCCCACCAGGGCCUCUGGAGGUACUGCAUGGCCAACAAGUGCUACAUGCAAACCGACAGCAUAGCCUACUGGAACGCCACCAGGGCCUUCAUGAUCCUCUCCGGGAUGUCGUGCUUUGCAGGCAUCAUCGCCGGCAUAAUGUCCUUCUCACACUUCUCCUCCUUUGAAAGGUUCAACCGCUCCUUUGCAGCAGGAAUCAUGUUCUUUGUCUCCACUUUCUUUGUUUUUCUGGGUAUGGCGAUCUACACUGGAGUGACUGUUAACUUCCUGGGAAGGCGCUUUGGGGAUUGGCGCUUCUCCUGGUCCUACAUACUGGGCUGGGUGGCCAUGCUCAUGACCUUCUUUGCAGGUAUUUUCUACAUAUGUGCCUACAGAAUGUGUGAACGCAGAAGGGGAACGGGCCCACGCUAG